AAUCACAAGUUCCUAAAUAUACCGAAUAGGAACGAACGAAAGCCCAAUGAUUCCAGCUUUCGUUGCCACCUCCCUCUUGCCCUCCUUUGGCUUUACUCUCUCGCAAGCAAGCCUCGAAUCGGUGAGAUAGGUUGAGGAUGACCAAUCCCGGUGAAGAUCGCCGCCGCCGACCCUUGCACCACCGUCAUCCGCCUCAUGCUCCGGCGACUCGGUCGAAGGUCUCCAAACGGGUACUCCUCCGCGUCGCCUCCGUCGCCUGCGGGAUACAGUUCGGCUGGGCUCUUCAGCUCUCCCUCCUCACGCCGUACGUGCAGGAGCUAGGGAUUCCACAUGCGUGGGCGAGUGUGAUUUGGCUAUGCGGUCCGCUCUCGGGCUUGUUCGUGCAACCCCUCGUAGGACACAGCAGCGAUCGGUGCACGAGCAGGUUCGGCCGUCGCCGGCCGUUCAUCGUCGCCGGAGCUGUGUUGAUUGCCGUCGCCGUGCUGAUCAUCGGCCACUCGGCGGACAUCGGGUGGGUGUUUGGGGAUACAGAAGGGAAGAUUCGAGCGAGAGCGAUUGUGGCGUUCGUUUUCGGGUUUUGGAUCCUCGAUGUUGCGAAUAACAUGACUCAGGGUCCCUGUAGAGCUCUUCUCGCUGAUCUCACUGAGAAAGACAACCGCAGGACCCGUGUAGCAAAUGCUUACUUCUCACUCUUCAUGGCUAUUGGCAACGUUCUUGGCUAUGCUACUGGAUCGUACAGUGGUUGGUAUAAAGUCUUCCCAUUUACGAAGACUGUCGCAUGCAAUGUGGAAUGUGCCAAUCUCAAGUCUGCCUUCUACAUAGAUGUAGUUUUUAUUGCGAUAACUACGUGGUUAAGUGUUUCUGCUGCUGACGAGGUGCCUCUUGCUUCAUUGCCUUCUGAAGCACAUGGGCAAUCUAGUAGCACCCAGGAAGCUUUCAUGUGGGAAUUGUUUGGGACUUUCAAAUAUUUCCCAGGAAUCGUUUGGGUAAUCCUGCUGGUUACAGCAUUGACUUGGGUCGGAUGGUUUCCGUUUAUUCUCUUUGACACAGAUUGGAUGGGUCGGGAGAUCUAUGGUGGCGAACCAAACCAAGGUACUUACUAUAGUACUGGUGUCAGGAUGGGUGCACUUGGUUUGCUGUUGAAUUCUGUUUUUCUUGGAAUCACUUCGGUGCUCAUGGAGAAACUUUGCAGAAAGUGGGGGGCCGGUUUUGUGUGGGGAAUAUCAAACAUCCUAAUGGCUCUCUGCUUUCUUGCUAUGGUUGUCACCUCCUUUGUUGCGUACCACCUGGAUUACCUCGGCCAUGAUUCACCGCCUGCUGGCAUUGUAUUCACAGCACUAUUCAUUUUUUCGGUUCUUGGCAUUCCACUGGCGAUAACUUACAGUGUCCCAUAUGCGUUGAUUUCUAUUCGUAUUGAGUCCUUGGGACUCGGUCAAGGCUUGUCUUUGGGUGUGCUGAAUUUAGCUAUUGUGAUCCCACAGGUAAUUGUAUCUGUUGGCAGUGGUCCGUGGGAUCAACUGUUUGGUGGAGGGAAUUCACCGGCUCUUGCCAUAGGAGCGGUUGCGGGUUUCAUCGGUGGAAUUAUAGCCAUCGUAGCUAUUCCUCGAACUCGUGUUCAGAAGAGCACUCCUCUUCCAUGAAGUUCUUUCACUGCACAAAAGGCGGACUAUAUUUCUACGAGGAUUAGACGAGUAUACAAAGAGGAAUGAUGAAAGCGAGUUUACGGCGAACAUUUAUCAAACUUAAGCUAGGAAAAAAAUGACCUGAGAGAUUGCAUUUAACAUGAACCUUGUCAAAGCGCAACAGCUUCAUUUAGACAUACUGUGUGGCUAAAAGCCUUUAUUCAGGCUAGGACCUAAGCGCUUUCUCCGGAAAGUUUACGGUAAAACAACGACAUCAUUGGAAACACGAGGUAUUUGUAUGUCUCCUUUAUUAUUGCCCGAUUUUCGGGAUUUGUUUUUUUUUUUUCCGCAUCCAGGGGUCAUCCUUGUGUGUUACACUGUUAUUUGCCUUGCUCCCAAAUGUUUCCAUGUACAUUAAAAGUAAAAUAUGUUUUGUAAUGGUUUAUUAGUGCAUGGUGGUGUAUGAAUGAGUGUAUCUUUCUAACAAUGAAGAUGCUGCUUUGGUAAUA